CACAUAUACAUACAGAAGGCCUUCGUUUUCAUUUUGGUUCUGGACUUCUCCACCCUUUCAAAUUCGUCCAAAGGCCUUCAUUUUCGUUUUCCCCUGCUAAUUUAAUUUCUACCAUAAAUCAAAAGUCCUCUCGAUCUCUACCGCUUCACACUAUUUUCGAUCUUUAGGAAUUGGGGUUUUUGCCCUACAUCACCUACCUAUUUUGCUCAAAAAUCCGUCUUAAUUCUGGGGUCAUUUCUAUUUGCUCCUUGCCUUGAUUCAAAUUUAGGGUUUACAGAUCUAAAUUCAGAACUCCCUCUUUGUGUAGCUCGCGUCUUUCUCUGUCUGCUUAUACAUAUCUAUACACACGGACACUCGACAUGUUUUGGAAACUCACAGCUCUCUCUGCUUCUUCUCCAGUUGAAUCGGUGUUGGACAAGGAAAAUUUCACAUUGGAAGAGCUUCUGGAUGAAGAAGAGAUAAUUCAAGAAUGCAAAUCAUUGAAUAGUCGCCUCAUAAAUUUUUUAAGAGAUAGAGCUCAAGUUGAACAGUUGCUGCGCUACAUAGUUGAGGAGUGCCCAGAGGAUGCAGAUAGUAAACGAAUGUUCAAGUAUCCUUUCAUUGCUUGUGAAGUUUUUACAUGUGAGAUUGAUGUCAUCUUUAAGACUUUGGUGGAGGAAGAGGAGCUUAUGGAUUUACUGUUCUCUUUUCUGGAACCUAAUCGUCCUCAUAGUGCCCUUUUGGCAGGAUAUUUUAGUAAGAUUGUAAUAUGCCUAAUGUUGCGGAAGACUGUUCCACUUAUGAAUUAUGUGAAGGCCCAUCAAGAUGUUUUCAAGCAGCUUGUUGAUCUGAUUGGCAUUACAUCCAUCAUGGAGGUGUUGGUGCGACUUGUAGGUGCCGACGACCAUCUAUACUCCAAUUCGAUGGAUGUGAUACAAUGGUUGGCUGAUAGUGACUUACUGGAAAUGAUCGUGGACAAAUUGGAUACAGCAAAUACUCCUGAAGUACAUGCCAAUGCGGCAGAAACUUUAUGUGCCAUAACCCGAAAUGCUCCAUCACCUCUGGCCACCAAACUAUCUAGCCCAAGUUUUGUUGCAAGGAUAUUUGAUCAUGCACUUAAAGACUCACAUUCAAAAUCUGCCCUUGUCCACUCGUUGUCUGUGUGUAUUUCUUUGUUGGAUCCUAGAAGAUCAAUUUCUUCACCCAUAAUGUAUUCCUUUAAAAGCCAACACGUAUAUCAAUUGGCUAGUCCUGAUACUGUUGGUGCAAUGCUUCCCAAACUGGGGGACUUGCUGACACUGUUAAGAGUUUCAUCUGAUGAGAAGAUUCUACUUACAACUUAUGGUGAAUUACAGCCCCCUCUUGGGAAACACCGUUUAAAGGUUGUGGAAUUCAUUGCGGAGCUGCUGAAAACUGGCAAUGAGAUGGCAGAGAAGGAAUUGGUCGGUUCAGGGACAAUUUUGAGGAUCCUUGAUCUCUUUUUCGAGUAUCCAUACAAUAAUGCCUUGCAUCAUCAUGUGGAGAGUAUAAUAUAUUCAUGCUUGGAAAGCAAAAAUAAUGCCGUUGUUGAUCAUCUUUUUCAAGAGUGUAACUUGGUUGGAAAAGUUCUUCAGACAGAUAAAUAUCCUACUCUUUCUGCUGAACUCAAUCGGCCAACUAUACCUUUUGCUGGAAGACAGGCACCCCGAGCAGGGUACUUUGGACAUCUGACUCGAAUAUCAAAUAAACUUGUUCAGUUGGGAAGCAAUGACAAACGCAUUCAGCAAUAUCUUCAGGAAAAUAAUGAAUGGAAUGAGUGGCAGACUACCAUCUUACAGGAGCGUAACGUGGUGGAAAAUGUAUACCGAUGGGCUUGCGGUCGGCCAACUGCAUUGCAAGACAGGACCAGGGAGAGCGAUGAGGAUGACGUCCAUGAUAGGGAUUAUGAUGUUGCAGCUCUUGCAAAUAAUUUAAGCCAAGCAUUCAGAUACAACGCAUAUGAUAAUGUUGAUACAGAGGGUAAUGGAUCUCUUGAGAGAAUUGAUGAGGAUGUUUACUUUGAUGAUGAAUCUGCAGAAGUUGUGAUUUCAUCCCUAAGGUUGGGUGAUGACCAGGGAAGAAGUCUAUUUACAAACUCCAACUGGUUUACUUUCCAAGAUGACAAAAUUGGUGAUGCACCUGGGAGAACUUCACUUCGUGAUAUGAUGGAUGAUAUCAAUUUGAACGGAACAUCAAAUGGUGGUAACAGCAGUAGUGAUGAUGAGGUAGUGGUCGGAGAGGAUGAGGAAUUAACUGAGAGCAACACUUUUGCCAAUGGCUCGUCUGGCUCUAAGACAAACCCGUUCGAUAACUUCUAUGGAAACAACCCUGUAAAUGGGGACGACUCAGUUCCCCAGAAUGAGAAGGCCAGUGCAUCUGGUGACCUUGGUUUCUUCCGUUUUGAGACCUCGGACAACGAUGAUCUGUUUGAAGACAGGCCCAUACCUGAAUGGGUCGCAUGGGGAGAGAGAUCAGACUUUCAGGUUGGUGCAUCAAGUGUGAACCCGUUUGUUGACCAGAACGACGCUAGUCACAAUCCUGCUAGUUCAGUGGAGACGAGCACUGGCCAAAUUAGUUCCACCACUUCAAUUGGAGGCUCUCUGCCAAAUGGCACCUCCAGUUCUACAGAUUCCAGUGAUGAUUCAACUAAAUCUGAUCCAGGUCAAAAAAGCAUCGCUGUACCCUCCCUGUUUGAAGAGGACGUUGAGUUUGUGGGUGUAGAACCAGAGGGGACGGAGAAGGCAAUGGAGCCAGCUCUCGAGGAGGGGAUUGUUGGGGAAGCUGGGCUAUUGAAGAGCAAUCUAGCUCCAAAGGGUCAAGAAAAGGAGGAUUCUGAAGAUGAUGGAUCGGGGAUGAAGGAAUUCAACGAUGCAAACUAUUGGAGAGUAGAUCAAGAGGUUGCAAUGUUGGAGUAUGGGGUCAGUAAUUUUUAACGCUGAAAUCUGAGGAUAUCCCAUUCUUAGUUAUCAGGGGGUUACGCGACUCAGCAUAUGUACAGUGCAUUACUGUUCCGAUUGGGAUCAUGUUGUAGGGUUCGCAGUGGUGGUUAUGAUUAUUUACUACACUCGUUUUAGGGUCAUGACACUCUACUAAGAUUUUGUGCCCCUCUGCUUAAGCAUGAUUCGUCAUUGUGUAAUAUGAAACUUCAAUGUUUAUUUUUUUUUCUUUUUUAUGGGAAUUUCAGUCAAAUACCCACUUAACAUGCUCGUGGAAGGGGAUUCUGGUCGGUCUGAUAGUUUCUUACUCAA